CAUGAAAUGUAUUGAUCGCAUUGGGACAGAUGGCCUCGGCAGAUAUAAAAGUCAAGUCCUGUUUCGGACGGAAAGGUAGUUUGGAACCUGAGGUGCUCUCAUCAUGAUCUCUGUGGUGGUUUUGUCCUUCCUGGCCGUGAUGUGCUCCACAUGGAGUGGUAACGCGUUUCCUCUUUACUCAGAUACACCACUGGCUGCUCAAGAGGACCUGCUGGAGAAACUGGUGGAGGAGGUGGAGGAGAAUCAGAGCAGAGAUGCAGGGGAGUCGAGAGGAGUCAAAAGCAUCUACCCCCUACUCAUGGACCAGGGUAGAGAGAGCCUGGGGAAAGGUGAGAAACAAUCUUUGGAGCAGGAGAAAGUCAGUAACAUGGUGGAUGGCCUGAAGGAAGUGAUGAUGAAGCUUGCUGCAGCAAACAAACUUCGCUCCCAGGGAUUCACACGGUCUGACCAGAGCUUGCCAAAAAAUAAUAAAAGAGCUUGUUUCUGGAAGUACUGCGUCACAAACUGAUGGGAGUUCAGUGGAGAGAGACACCUCUCAACUCGUCUGUACAGAGUCAUCCAUCACAUGCUCACCUCUUGCCGUAGCCAUCAAAAUAACUAUCAGACGUCCUUAACACAAUGACUGUUUUAUAGUGUUCAAAAAGCUGUGUCAUAAAUAAAGGAUAUAUUUUUAAUGAACUUGAGGGCAAUCUAGCAUCGGUGCAAUAAAUAAAGAAUCCUCUUGUUAUAUGAGUGAAAUGAUGUGCUGUGUGCGGGAGAAAAGCCCUGCGUUGAACAAAAUGGCCAUGCCAUCAUAAUGUGUCCUUAUUUUCACUGUAGGUGAAUGACAUUUGGUCUAUUGUAGCAUUUAGAUAUCAUACAGAUAAUAACUCUUUAUCAGACGUGUAAUUAUAGUUUAUGCGGUAGUAAACAGUUUGAGCAUGUCUCAUAAAAGUGUUUUGAGUAUCCAUGGUAGGGUGGUUUCCCUGUGUUUCUGUUACUCCCACAGACACACAGAGAUCAUAUC